CCUACAUACGACAUCACCACGAUGCCCGGUCUAGUUCAGCGAGGACGAAAGCGCCCGUCGCGCGCUAUCAGCGAGGGCGUCGACGAGCCUUCCGAUGCCUCAUCCUCGCCUUCCACAAACGGCAAACGCGCCCGCCAUGGCCGAGACGCGCCUUCCAGUUCCGCGCAAACGAACGGCGACCCGAACGGCUCGACCGCAUACGCUGAAGGUGACUUCAAGGCAGGUUCCCUCGUCAGGGUCAAGCUUGUCAAUUUCGUCACAUACACGGCUGCCGAGUUUCAUCUGGGGCCAAGCCUGAACAUGGUCAUCGGUCCCAACGGCACUGGAAAGAGUACCUUGGUCUGCGCAAUCUGUCUGGGCUUAGGAUGGGGCAGCGAACACUUGGGACGAGCCAAAGAGGUGGGGCAAUUCGUCAAACACGGUGCUGCCGAAGCCACCAUCGAGAUCGAGCUUGCAACGGGUCCCGGCAACGGCCCCAAUCGCAUUGUCAGGCGUGUCAUACGCAAGCGCGACAACAAGUCCGUCUUCUUCCUUGAUGGCUCACAUGCGACGAAGGAUGCUGUAAAAGCAAUGGCCAGGCGAUAUUCCAUUCAGAUCGACAACCUCUGCCAGUUCUUACCGCAAGACCGUGUGGUGGAGUUCGCGAGGAUGAGCGACGUCGAUAGAUUACGAGAGACCCAACGCGCUGCAGCGCCUCCGCAUAUGGUAGCAUGGCAUGAUCAGCUCAAGGAACUGCGUACAAAGGAACGCGCUUUGGAGACGAAGCAGAAGAACGAACAGAGCCAUCUAGUCAUGCUGGAGAAAGCACAAACCACAACAAAAGAUGACGUGGACCGCUACCAUCAACGAGAAGGCCUUGUGCGGAAGUCGAAGUGUUUGAAGUCGGUCAAGCCUAUCAUUGAGACAAAAAUUCUCAAGACUGAGAUUACUGCAGUAAAGGCAGAGAUUCGAGACGCCAGACUGGAACUCGAUCAGAUCAACAUCGACAUAGAACCAGCGCGAAGGGCUCAAGCAGAAGUCGAAACAUAUCAGAACGAUAUUGAGCAAAUCGUAAACCUUCGCAAGAACCGCGUCGACAUGAUCAAGGCACAGGCCGAAAAGCUCGUAACAAAGAUUGACACCAGCAGAGCGAAAGCGGCGGAAGCCGACAAUCAAAUCAAAGCCGAAUUGAGUCUAAAGAGAAAGCGCGCAGAUGACAUGGUUCGUCUCAACCGCGAUAUCACUAGGCUGGAAGCACAACGAAAGGACCGGCCCGCGCAACUCGACGCCGAAUCUUACGAGCAGCGCAAGUCAGAUCUUCGCGAUCAGAUCUCUACUAAGACGAGCCUUAUCUCCGACAAGAGAAGUAGCAUGAAAGAGCUAGCUACCCGCGCAGGCAGCAUUUCGGCGCGAAGCGCACAGCUGAACGCUAACCGGGAACGACUGAACACACAGAGCGGAAAGCAAGCGAGCCUUUUGAUGAAACUAUCCCCCCAAACAGCUGCUGCAUGGGACUGGAUCCGACAGAACAAAGCAUCUUUGCAGUUAAAAGGUAGAAUCUACGGCCCGCCGAUACUGGAAUGUUCUGUCAUAGAAGCCAGGUAUGCCCAGGCCGUUGAGAACCAAAUGCGAAGAGGCGAUAUCAUUGCCAUCACCUUUACCCACGACGAGGAUCAGAAGCUGCUGCAGAAUCGUCUUAUCACCAAGAAAGCCAACGGCGGACAAGGACUCAAUGAUAUUUAUCUCCGAACAUCACCAAAGCCGCUUUCUUCUUAUAAAUCCCCCGUUGACAAGACAGGCCUGGCCCAAUUAGGGUUCGAAGGGUACAUUUUGGACUACCUCAAUGGACCCGACCAGGUACUAGCGAUGCUUUGCGAUAGUUGUAAAGUGCACCAGAUUGCAUAUGCUGCAACACCAAUAUCCAAUGCGCUGCAUGACGUUGUGGAGAAGCAAAGCCCGAUUCGUAGCUGGGUCAGUGGUUCGGAUACCUAUCGCGUUAUCUCACGCUACAACCAGUCUUCUACAUCUGUUACGCCACUGAGAUCGGCGCAAUGGUUUGUAGAUCAACCAGGCAAUACGGAGGAGUUGCGAGACAUCAUCGAGGAGCAAAAAGGGCUGGUGCGAGAGAAAGAAGAGCUAAUCGAAAAUCACAACCUCCUCAAAACCGAUGUCAGCAAACUUGAGGAGGAGAAUGAAGAUCUCAAACAACAGAAAGAUGCUGUACAGGCCGAGCAGGAAGGCCUCAAAAAGGCUUUGGCCGAAUGGGAAGCUCUCCCCGACAAAAUUGCAUCAAAACAAACCGACCUGCACAACAAAACACAGGAGAACGCAGAGACCACGGCCCGCAUCAAAUCUAUCAAAACCGACGCUCGUGCUACGUCACUGCAUGUAGCGAACUUGACAAUUGAAUAUGGUAAAGUUGUGACCCAAAUGAGGGCAUUCCACGAGUCACUUGUCGAGGCCGAGAUUCGGCUCAUCGAAGUUAAGUCGGAACUCAGGAGUCUCAUAAAAGAGAAUCGCACGAUCCUGGACAAACAGAAAGCACAAGAAUCCAAGAUCACCGAACGCGCGAAUCACGAGCGAGGUCUUCGGGCCAGGUACAGAGAAUUGCAAGAGGCUACACAGAGAGACAUUUACAGUCUCAGCGAGGAAGAAAGGCAGAUCGUCAUGGAAUACAAAGAGCUUCCCACACUCGAAGCCUUGGAGCUAGAGGUUCAGUCGGUCAACGCCCGGCUGGACAUGAUGGCCGAAGGUAAUCCUGGGGCGAUCAGGGCCUACCAGAGGCGUGAGGAAGACAUCAAGACAACGCGUGAGAACCUGGAAAAGUACGCUGCCAGUCUCGAAGAGAUCAAAGAUGACAUUACAGAGAUCCGCGAGAAGUGGGAGCCCGAACUCGACAUUCUCAUUCGAAGGAUCAGCGGGGCUUUCGCGCACAACUUCGAGCAAAUUGGAUGCGCUGGUGAAGUCGAGGUGAACAAAGACGAAGACGACUUUGACAACUGGUCCGUCCAGAUCUCAGUCCGCUUUCGAGAGAACGAACCGCUCAGCGUAUUGAACUCUCACCGCCAGUCUGGUGGCGAGCGCGCCGUGUCAACAAUCUUCUACCUCAUGGCGCUACAGGAUCUCGCCCAGUCACCAUUCCGCGUCGUCGACGAAAUCAACCAGGGUAUGGAUCCCCGCAACGAACGCAUGGUACAUGAGCGCAUGGUGGACAUUGCAUGCCAAGAGAACACAAGCCAAUACUUCCUCGUCACCCCCAAACUUCUGCCUGGUCUCAAGUACCACGAGAAGAUGAAAGUGCACGUUAUCAACUCCGGAGAGCACAUUCCGGUGGCACAGGGUGUUCAGGGUGAGUGGAAUCUCUCGAGUAUGGCGGAGAUGGCACUGCGGGUGAGGAGGAGCGUUGCAGUUCUCUGAUCAAUGGAAGCGUUUGGCACAGACUAUUACGAUACUUGCGCAGGAGGCAUGAACGAAAGUACGGAUACUACGGUAGCCUAGUGGCGUUUUGGUUUGAUAUGUUUCACGGAGGAGGGGUUUGGUAACGGCGCACGAACGGACAUGCAGGUACGACGGACAGCAGUCAGCGACAUUGAGUGCACAUCGA